AUGGAUACCGAUGCCACGCGACGAUACCGCCUUCCCACUCACUUGUCAAUGAAAUUGCCACAAUACAGGCAGUACUUCAACCCACCGAGUUUGGCAGCACCCUUGAGAGACAUUCCCGAUCCACACGAUCUGUUCAAUAUUAAAGAAGACCUCGAGAAUAUCGCCAGUGAACCGGAGACACGUACACAACGCUUACAACGAGAUUUGGCUCACUUGUUGGAGAACGUCAAAGUCUUGGAAACACCACCUGAACAAAAGCCAAGACCAGUAACAGGUGGCAAGAAUAUGGAGGUUGUCAUGGAAAGAAUGCGUAAGCAACAGCAACAGCAGCAACAGCAACAACAAGAACAAGAACAACAUGCCACUUUUAAAAGCGAUAUAUACGACUCUGGGAUCACCAAUGGAAAUGGGAUGAGACAUAAUGCAUCAAGGAUAUCAAAGAAUCAAUUGGAACGUCAAGCUGCAUUGGAAGCUCUUAAGCGACGGCGAAGGCGAGAUGAUUCUGAAGAAAGCUUUGAAGGCAUUGUGUCAUCAGGAAGAGCAACGCGAAGGUCUGAUAGUCCUCCUGCAGAUGUGAUACAGAAUGGAAGAAAGCGCAAAUCGAUGGAAGAAUCCUCAUUAUACAAUGGAAAGCAACGACAACAACCGCCACAUCCUCCACCCACUCCUCCUCCAUCAGCGGAUCAUGUUAAGAAACAAAAGAAUCAUCACACCACAGUGGAUGAAGAGCUCGAUUUUGUACGUGUCAAACCCAACCAACAAGUCCCCAUCGUUACAUUUUGGCAAGCCAUGGAGCCCUAUUUUCGCCCAUUGACGGAAGAGGACAGGCGAUUCCUUAUGAAGAAGGAGGAAGAACACGAAUCCACGUUUGAAGUACCGCCUUUGGGCAAGUAUUAUCUCGAGCAAUGGAAGGAAGACGACCGGAUAUCGACUGAACUUUCAUCUCGCCAUGCAAAUCGCACUGCCGACCUAUUGGAUGAUGGAUCACGAGAAGGAUUAUUGGAAAGAUUGUUGAGCUCCCUGAUACCCGAACAUGAGGAGCAGCAGCAGCAAAAACAGCAUCAUGCGGUUUUGGAUCAUGAAGAGGUGGAUGAUGAUGAUGAUGACGACGAUGAUGACGACGAUGAUGAUGAUGAAGAUGACGACGACGAUGAUUUAUAUGAUGAGGAGGAAGAUCCUGAUGCUAUCAUCAGCCAUUAUGAACAACCAGAAACACCCUCUUUUGAAGAUCGACUUCGACAAGAAAUGCAAUACAUCGGUAUAUUGAGUGAUGAUGUGGACGAGCACAACUGGAAUGCAAGAGAGGACGAUGAUAUCUCGGCUGAAAUCCGGAGGCUGGGUCGCGAGUUGAAGGAGCAAAUCAAUACCAACGAAUACCGUAAGAGUCGCUUGCUACAAGUUGUGGAUACCCAGUUGCAGUAUGAUCAAUAUCGUCAAGUGCUUGAUGCCCUUGAAGUGCAAGUGGAACAAAGCUAUAUGAAACGAUUCCGAGUACAAAAGGCAAAGAAACGCAAAGCGGGAUCAUCAACAAAAGCAGGCUUAUCUGAAAACACCGUUGCCGCCAUGGAGAAGCGUAACAUGUUUAUCAAAGAGCUUGGUCCUUUGUUUGUGGAUAAGAACCUUGUAUUGCCAUCCCACUCUAUUUACGACAACAACGGCGAGUAG